UUCAUUGCGACAACCCAGAAAAACACACCACAACUACAUACUAUGAUGGAGUGUUCUUGGUUUCGGAUUGUCGUCCUCCUUGCCUGCUGCAUGUUUCCGGCGAUCGUCGAAUGUCGGGUUCGACAUUACAAGUUUGAUGUGGUGAUGAAGAACAUGACUCGCGUGUGCUCAUCCAAGCCUACGGUCACAGUCAAUGGAAAGUUUCCAGGACCCACCAUCUAUGCUAGGGAAGAUGAUACAGUGCUCAUUAGAGUUGUCAAUUAUGUUAAAUACAACGUCUCCAUUCACUGGCACGGUAUUAGGCAACUUCGGACCGGUUGGGCAGAUGGACCGGCAUAUAUCACACAAUGUCCAAUUCGUCCGGGGCAUAGUUAUAUGUACAAUUUUACCAUUACAGGUCAAAGGGGAACGCUAUUAUGGCAUGCACAUAUUCUGUGGUUGAGGUCUACUGUCCAUGGUGCCUUGGUUAUAUUGCCUAAGCUUGGUGUCCCUUACCCUUUCCCCAAACCCGACCACGAAGCUGUUGUAGUACUAGCUGAGUGGUGGAAAUCUGAUACGGAAGCUGUGAUCAAUGAAGCAUUGAAAUCAGGUUUAGCCCCCAAUGUUUCUGAUGCUCAUACCAUCAAUGGCCAUCCCGGACCCGUCGCAAAUUGUUCAACACAAGGUGGAUAUAGAUUGAGUGUUGAAGCUGGGAAAAGGUACAUGCUAAGAGUGAUCAACGCUGCGCUCAAUGAAGAGCUAUUCUUCAAGAUCGCCGGCCACAAGAUGACGGUGGUGGAGGUUGAUGCCACGUACGUAAAGCCCUUCAAGACUGACACGAUCGUGAUCGCCCCGGGGCAAACCACCAACGUCAUCGUCACCGCCGACCAGGGCUCCGGCCAGUACAUGGUGGCCGCCUCCCCCUUCAUGGACGCUCCGGUCGCUGUUGACAACCAGACAGCCACCGCCACUCUCCACUAUACCGGCACACUCGCCAGCGGCCCCACUACCCUCACUACCGCGCCGCCCAUGAACGCCACCCCCGUGGCCAACAGCUUCGUAGACUCUCUGAGAAGUCUCAAUUCGAAGCAAUUCCCGGCGAACGUUCCCCAGACCGUGGACCACUCGCUCUUAUUCACGGCCGGGCUCGGAAUCAACCCGUGCCCGUCUUGCAAAGCCGGCAACGGGAGCCGGGUCGUCGCCAGUUUAAACAACGUCACCUUUGUCAUGCCCACCACGGCUCUCUUGCAAGCCCAUUUCUUCGGUAUAAAGGGAGUGUUCACCACCGAUUUCCCGGCGAAUCCUCCGUUCGCUUUCAACUACACCGGCGCCGGUCCGGCCAACCUGCAGACUACGACGGGAACAAAGCUUUUCCGGCUGGCGUACAAUUCAACGGUCCAGUUGGUUUUGCAGGACACCGGGAUCAUAGCCCCGGAAAACCAUCCGAUCCAUUUGCAUGGAUUCAACUUCUUCGCCGUCGGAAAAGGGUUAGGAAAUUUCAACCCCAAAACCGAUCCUAAGAAGUUCAAUCUCGUUGACCCAGUCGAGAGAAACACUAUCGGAAUUCCGGCAGGUGGAUGGGUUGCUAUAAGAUUCCGUGCUGACAAUCCAGGAGUAUGGUUCAUGCAUUGUCAUCUUGAAGUGCACACAACAUGGGGAUUAAAGAUGGCAUUCCUUGUGGAUAAUGGAAAGGGUCCUAACGAAAGUCUUCUGCCACCACCUAAGGAUCUACCCAAGUGUUAAAACAACCAUAUAACCGGAAAACUUACCAGUUUAAUUUGUGAGAGGAACCAAACGUGGGAGGCCGGAGACGAGGAACAGACACAAUACAGAAGUAAAGAGUGACAAUUAAUAAACGAGUGAGCAUUUUUCUCAAUUAUAGAUGCCGUAUUCGUUUCUUGAGUGAAAGAAAAGUUUUGCUCAAGCAAAUACAAAAUAAUUAUAAUUUUUCUUUGUUUGUUUGUAACUUUCAUGUAUCUUUGAAUGAAAUUCUUUUCUCAAUUUCAUAAAUUUCUAAUCUGUGU